AUGUAUCGAGUGCUAAAAUCAAUUAGCAUACUCUAUAAGUUCGCUUUGUUCUUUCCAUUGUUUUGCAAAGCAGCAACCGAAUCCAAUACCAUUCUGAAUGAAACCUCUGUCUUCAGUUCCGCGCAGCUGCAGGCCUUUAAAGUCUUCGAUGAUGAACGACCCACUGAGAUAACCGGACGCAGUUUUCUCUGUGUGCCCUUCUUUCGUGUCUUCAAUGUGGAGCUGCAGGCGGGAAUCCAUUUAUCUGCGGAUGAGGUAGUCGCUGUCAGCGGAGAUCACCAUGCUCUUGGUGCCUGGAGCAUUGCCAAGUCGCUGCCGCUGCGGGCCCAGAACAAGCAGAGGAGCAAGUGGUACCUCCGUCAGUGGAUCUGCGCCAGCCGACGCGUCUACUAUCGCUAUCUCAUCUACUCGCUGAGUGCGGCAGGAGAGCGAGUGCUGCGGCGCUGGGAGGCACAACAGGUGCCCCGAAUGCUGCAGACCUAUGAGAUCCAUCGCUCCCCAGGAGUGGACACCUUCGGCGAGGCGUAUCCCCGGUCCGUGGGCGGUGGCCAUUGGCUGGAACGAGGUUGGCUGCUCCACGAAUACGUAAUCGAGUUGAAGUUCAUAUGGCAGCAGCACUUGCAGAUGUCUCUCCCGGGUCAGAGUCAGGGUCAGGUCGGUCUGGACAAGCUAAGACUCAAGUUGAAGCCACUCAGUUUGUUGGACAAUACGCGAAUCGAAGUCUCACGCUAUGGCUACAAUCGAUCCUCGUUCCGGACACAGAGUCGUCAAGGGAUCAGAUACAUCGAUGGAUCGAUUGUCAUCUUUCGCCUCAGUCAACCUCUGGAUGUGGCCAAUGCCUUUCGACUGUCCAUCUUCGAGCGGGAUCGCACACAGUUUCCCUUGGGGGAGGUUUACAUAUACCCGGAGCAGCUGAGGGGAAGUCGCGGAAUUCUUCAGCUGCCUAUACAGCGGCAGGUCAGCCAGCAGGUCAUAGGUCAGCUCAUAUUGCCCUAUUUGGUGGUGCAUCCCAUGCCCAAUGCCCAGGCCAUUAAUCUCUGUGCGAGCUUCCAGCGAUAUUGGCCCAACAAUUGGCCCACCUUGGACGUGGGCAGUCGGGGAUUGGGCGCCAGCUUCCAUCAGAGCAGCACAAGUCUCGUGGAGAACACAAUCGAGAGCUAUCUGGCUGUGGUCAAGGCCAAGGGCGACAUGGUCCAACUGGAUGUGCAGUUGACCAGGGACUAUGUGCCCAUCAUCUGGCGUGGCUUCGGCUUCUACACCACCAGCCUGGCAGCCACUGAGCCCAUUGUGGAUCGGUUCGAUCUGCGCUAUGUGCUGAUCAGGCAGCUCAGUUAUGCCGAGCUCAAGGCGAGCCGUGUCUUCAUCCUGAAUCACUGGACUCUGCAGGAGUACACUCAUCUCAAUGUGCGCAAUGUCAGUGUGUUGGAGCGAAUCUUUCCCAGGUUGUCCGAGGUGUACGAUGCCCUGCCCAGGAGCUUGGGAAUGAUUGUGGAGAUCAAGUGGCCACAGCUCAUGGCAUCGGGUGUACUGGAGUCCACUCAGGCGCACAACAAGAACACCUAUGUGGACAGAAUUAUAGAAAUCACAGCCAGAUCUGGAUGUGGUCGUCCUCUGAUCUUCUCCAGCUUUGAUGCCGACAUCUGUACUAUGAUGCGGCUCAAGCAAACAGCCUUCCCAGUCAUGUUCAUGACCACGGGCAGAACGGAUAUCUGGGAUGCCUAUAUGGAUGUGAGAACUCAAAGCUUUCUCCAAGCGAUCAACUUUGCCGAGAGCGCUGAGAUUCUCGGAACAGCGCCGCAUGUCCAGAACUUUCAGCAUAAUCCGGAGCUGGUUGAUCUUGGCCUGGAUCUGCUGCAAGUCGUCUUCCUCUGGGGCAGCGAUCUACGCAAUGUGCAGCUUCUGGAACAGUUUCGUGCCUUCGAUGUGACUGGCUUAAUCUACGAUCACAUCGAGCGAGUUGGUCCAGCCGAAUGGAAGCGUGCUCCCUUCUUCCAAGCCCCGCAACUCCUGGAGGUCUUUGGGGGUCAAUGUGUCGCCAUUGGCAACUCGACAACGGUGCUAGGCGCCAAGCCAACCAAGCCAACAAUCUGGCCCAAAAUGAGGUAGUACAUUGUCAAUUCAAAAUUAGGAAAUUCAAAAGCUCAUUUCAUUUAAUGAUAUACCCAAAUGAUUAAUUCCUUUUAAAUUCUUUCACUUUUGUUUGGCAAAUUGCAUAUGUUAAA